AUGGAUCAACCUAAUCCAAAUACUCCUAAUCAAGGUCAACGACCGACUGCAACUGUAACUGGUCCAAGUACUUUCAAACAAGGUCGAAAGCGCAUAAUGGAUGUGAUUGAUUUACUGAUUUCCAGACAAAACCAGCAACGACCAAUUGAUGAAGUUGAUCCAAACGCUUCCAAACAAAGUCAGCAACAGCCAAUGAGUCAACCCAGUCCAAGUACUUCCAAACGAAGUCGGAAACGGCCAAUCAAUGAAAUCAGGCCAAGAAUUGAUAACCAAAAUCAGCAACAACCAAUGAACCAAGGCGAGUCUGCCAAACGAGAUCGAAAACAACCGAUUGAUCAACCCAUUCCAAGUACUUCCAGACAAGACCAACAACAACCAAUGGAACAAGGCGAGUCAGGCAAUGCUGUUACAAAUCAAGUGGCUGUAUUAGGCCCAAGAUAUCAGAGAAGCUUUAAUCGUAUAAAGAAGAGGCUUGUAGAGUCUAAAAAGAUUGCAAAAGAAAAACGCGAAGAAUAUUGUAAACAUGCAGACCUCAAAUUCAGUCAGCAGUUAGCGUUAGCAAUGGGCAAAGAAAUAUCUGAACCAAGGCACAAUCCAGACACUGAAAAGAAAUUGAAGCAAGAGUAUGAAAAGGCAAGCAGAAGAGUAUACAGUAUCAGACAUGAUCUGAAAGUGUUUAUGGAAAAGCAUGGUUUAGAAUUUGAAGAACCGGGUUCGGAUUGA